AAAGCAUCUAAAUAACAAUAAUAUGUCCACUGUGUGGCGCAGUUGUCUAAUUCCUCAACCAGGACUUUUACUUUGAAAGUGAGAACAGGAAGUGUGUGUUUCAUUGUUCUGUGUUUGUUGACUCUGGUCCUCGCGCAGCCUCCUCCGGUUGUCGCCAUGGUGCAGAUGAUGGAGUCUCAGUGUGAGUAUUUCAUGUAUUUCCCGGCGGUGCCCAUCACGGAUCUGUCGGACCCGGCCCGCUACCGCACUCUGCCCCGCCGAAGCCACCUCUACCUGGGCGAGACGGUCCGGUUCCUGCUGGUGCUGCGCUGCAGGGACGGCGGGGCGACGACACCCGAGCACGGCCCCGGGGGCGCUGAUGGCUCUGCAGCAGGUUUUGGGACUGAAACGGCCAGUAGCCGGGCGUGGAGGGAGCUGGCGGGCUCUCUGUGCGCUGUGGCCAGCGUGAGUCCAGGUGAGAGCAGCCGCCAUCGCAGCAACCACCACCAGCAUCAACACGACUACCAGAGCAGUGGGGACGAGGGCAAUGAGGACGGCGAGGAGGACUACAUCGCCGCAGCAGAGGCGGCCAUCGCUGCGCUCGGCAGCAGGGUGGACUCCAGGUGUCGGAGCUUCAGGGACUGCAAGCCUUUGCUCAUCCACAAUUCAUCUGGGACGGCGGGGAGGGAGUUCCGCAGGGCGCCUGUGCAGUCUCCUCUGGACGAGCCGGUGGUCCUAACAGAUGAAGUGAUCUUCCCCCUCACCGUCUCUCUGGACAAACUGCCUGUCAGCACCCUGAAGGUCAAGGUGAUGGUCACAGUUUGGAAGAAGGAAGCAGAGAAAGCCGAGGUGCAGGAACUCGGCUACCUGAGCGUCCUGCAGCAACGAGAGCCGACACACACCUUCAGACAUGACCUGAACACCUUCAAGGCUCAGGUGAGCACCACUCUGACCGUCAUGCCGCCUCCCACCGUCCGCUGUAAACAGAUGACCGUCUCUGGGAGGCACCUCGCAGUCCUCAAAGUGUUGAACGAGUCGUCUCAGGAGGAGGUGAGUGUUCGGGACGUUCGGAUUUUACCCAACCUCAACGCCUCCUACCUUCCCAUGAUGCCGGACGGCUCCGUGUUGCUGGUUGAUAAUGUGUGCCAUGAGUCCGGUGAGGUAGGCAUGGCAUCUUUCUGCAGGGUUGACAGCCUUGCCUGCCGCCUUCCCAGCAUGCUCAGCGCCUUGGAGGAGCACGACUUCCUGUUUCAGCUGCACCUCAAUGACAUUCCGCAGGACGACUCCAACGAGGGGAUGGAGGUCCCUCUGGUCGCUGUGUUGCAGUGGUCAACUCCCAAGAUGCCUUUCACCAACUGCAUCUACACCCACUACAGGUUGCCCAGUAUCCGCCUGGACCAGCCACGGUUUGUCAUGACGGCAAGCUGUCCGAGCACAGUGCGGGUGAAGGAGCACUUCAAGGUCAAAUACGUUCUGUUGAACAACCUGCAGGACUUCCUGGCUGUUAGACUUGUCUGGACUCCAGAGGGUCGUGCUCACAUCGAGGACUCAGCGCUGGCCGCUGUGGUCUGUCACACUCCUCUCAGUAACCUCGGUCAGUGCAGGAAAGGAAGCACUCUGUCGUUCAGCGUGGCCUUCCAGAUCCUCAAACCGGGACUGUACGAGCUGAGCCAGCACAUGAAGCUGAAGCUGCAGUUCACAGCCUCAGUGUCCAACCCUCCACCAGACGCUCGGCCGCUGUCACGUAAAAAUAGUCCGUCCAGCCCGGCGGUUCGAGACCUGCUGGACCGACACCAGGCCAGUCUGGGUCGAUCUCAGUCAUUCUCACACCAGCAGCCGUCUCGGUCUCACAUCAUGAGAACCGGCAGCGCCAUGGAGCGGCGAGCUAUCACCCCUCCUGUUGGCUCUCCAGUCGGUCGGCCCCUCUACCUCCCCCCGCAGGACAAAACGCUGCUCUCGCUGGACAAGAUCGCCAAGAGAGAGUGCAAAGUGCUGGUGGUGGAUCCCAUCAGUUAGGGAACAAGGACGCAAGGAAGGACAGCAAGGAAGUCAGAGAACUCAAGGGAGGAAAGGAGGAUAAUCUCGGCCUCAGCUCACCUUCGUCUGUAAUUUGAAUCUGCUGCCUCGAGUUUCAGAAACACUUUAAAAGGAGUAGAAACACAGAGACGAAGAAGGGGACAGCUACAGACCUGCAGACCAUAUUAACCACGUCCCUAUGUGGUCACACCCAUUCAAACCACGCCAUAUAUGUUACCACACUCACUCGAACAACGCCCAUUUUCAUAUUUGUUACUGCUGAUUGACAUAAAAAACCUGCCGAGUCCCAAUCAAGGCCACAGAGAUUGAUGCUGUGUUGACAACAGACCAAUGCAGAUCAGCAAUUAAUCAAUACUUUUUUGAUCAAUACGUUAUUUUAGACACUGUAAGGUAAGAGUUUAGGAAGAACCAAGCAGCAACGUCUGCAGUUCCUAAAGUGUACACUUGAGGCUGUCGCCAAAAGCCAAGACAGCCCCCUUAGCGUCCAUGUUAAAAUGUUCUUUUAGCUUAACUCGUUGACAGUCCUGAUAAAAAAGAUGGCUUGGGA